AAUCUUUAACAGUUAUCCUUCGUAUUCUCCCUAUCUUAAAAAAUAUCAAACGUUGCUUCAUACCGCUCUCCAUACGAUAUUUAGAUACUUCGAUACUUUAGAUACUGAACUGAGUAGAUAAGUGUGUCAGGAUCAGGGUUAGCGUCCUCACGUACAUUAACACUGUACUUAUAGACGGUCGGGUGUGUUAGAAAAACAAGAUGGAGAAACAUAAAAACGUUUUCCUUAAGAAGAGUUUUGUAGUCAUUACCGGCGCCAGUAGAGGACUAGGGAGAUGUAUGGCACUACAGUUUGGUGGAAAGUUCCCUUCUGGGUCUGUGUUAGUACUAAUGGCCAGGAAUGCGGAUGCUCUCACGAGUGUCAGGUCAGACAUGUUGUCUGCUGCUCCAAAUAUCAACGUUGUCGUAAUGCAGUAUGACCAGGGGAAUGUAGAAAAUAUCAAAGAAAUAUUCAACGACCUUUUAGCAGGAAACAACUUUUCAAAAAAUGACUUUGAGCAAUAUAUGAUUGUACACAACUGCGCUACUGUGGGCGAUGUAACAAAGAAAUCACUGGAACUUUCCGACUCCACGUCGGUCAGGAAGUACUUCGACAUCAACCUGACUGGGAUGAUCCUUCUUAACACCAGCUUCUUCCAGACUUUCUCCGAUUCUACAAAAUCUCGUGUCGUGAUCAACAUGACGUCUUCAGCUACAACAACUCCUCUGGGAUACAUGCAACUUUAUUGUGCAGGUAAGGCUGCCCGUGACAUGUUUAUGCGUGUACUGGCCGUAGAGGAGCCCUCUCUGAGGAUAUUGACUUUCUCACCUGCUUCGUCUGACACAGCCUUGAGGAGAGAAGUUGAGAAUUUGUGUCCGGACAAAUCUAUGACUGAUGCACUGAAACGAUUCCGAGAAGAUGGUACGACGAAGCCCCCUGAAUCCCAAAUAUCUAAGCUUGUCCAGAUACUGGAGGAAAACACAUUUGAAAAUGCUGCUUACUUAUCCGGAAAAUAAGAAGAAAAUGAUCAUAUUCUGUGAAGUGUCUAUCAGAUAAAAAAAAUCCAAAAUCGUUAAGCAACUCUAUAACCUGGACAUUUCAGUUAAGAUAAAACGGCAAUGGCAGAAUUCCAAGUUUAAAAUUAAUAUAUUAGACUGUUUACAUCAUGUUAAAUAACUUUUAUAUGUGUAUAAUCAUUUGGGAAUUAAAAAAAACACAUUUUUAUUUUCAAUUGGGCUAUAAAAAACCAUUUGGGAUAUAAAAAUAUCGAGAUAUUAAUCAAAAGGGGGAAAUGCAUAUUUAUGUUAUUGUCAAUAAAAUUUAAUUGAUACCUGUGCUCAUUUGAAUUGACGAGAGAUGACAUAGCACGGAUAGAAAGUAUGCUUUCGGGAGUUGUGAUCGAGCUUUCAAUGACUGAACUAUAUUGUAAAAUAUAGUUAUUUCACACCAUAAAAAGUAUGACUUUGGUGUAUACAUGAUAAAAACAAUAUAAAUAAAAUGAUUAAAUUAAGUUUCGAUUCGUCAGUUUUUGCCAACAGCCAAAUUCUAAAAUCUGCCUUUUUGAUAUUAAAACAGAUAAUACAACAAA